CUCAAAAUCAAAUAAUUGAGAGACACGCAUGGCCCCAAUAAGUGAUGGUUAUAAUUAUUAAGCUUUGUGCUCUUACUUUCAGCUGUCCAUAUUUCAUUCCGAGUUAUAGUAAAAUCGACGCAUAUGGCUGAAGCUUUCCUUCAAAUUCUGUUAGAAAAUUUGACAUCUUUCAUACAAGGGGAACUUGGAUUGUUUUUUGGUUUUAAGGACGAGUUUGAAAAUCUAAAAAGCACGUUUACUACGAUCCAAGCUGUGCUUGAAGAUGCUCAGGAGAAGCAACUGAAGGACAAGCCACUAGAAAAUUGGUUGCAGAAACUCAAUGUUGCUGCAUAUGAAGUUGAUGACAUCUUGGAUGAAUGUCAAACUGAGGCAGCAAGACUCAAAGAGACUAAAUAUGGAUGUUAUCAUCCAAAGGCUAUCGCUUUCCGUUACAAGAUUGGGAAAAGGAUGAAAGAGAUAAUGAAGAAACUAGAUGCAAUUGCGGCAGAACGCAGCAAGUUUCAUUUGGAAAAAAAGACUACAGAGAGAGAAGCUGCUAGACGAGAAACAGGUUUUGUUUUAAAUGAACCACAAGUUUAUGGAAGAGACAAAGAUAAGGAUGAGAUAGUGAAAAUCCUGAUAAACAAUGCCCAACAACUUUCAGUCCUCCCAAUACUUGGUAUGGGGGGACUAGGAAAGACGUCUCUUGCCCAAAUGGUCUUCAAUGAUCAGAGAGUAACUGACCAUUUCCAUCCCAAAAUAUGGAUUUGUGUCUCAGAAGAUUUUAACGAGAAGAGGUUGAUAAAGGAAAUUGUGGAAUCUAUUGAAGAAAAGUCACUUGGUGACAUGGACUUGGCUCCACUUCAAAAGAAGCUUCAGGACUUGUUGAAUGGAAAAAGAUACUUGCUCGUCUUGGAUGAUAUUUGGAAUGAAGAUCAAGAUAAGUGGGCUAAGUUAAAACAAGUCUUGAAGGGUGGAGCAAGUGGUGCUUCUGUUCUAACCACUACUCGUCUUGAAAAGGUUGGAUCAAUUAUGGCAACAUUGCAACCAUAUGAAUUGUCCAAUUUGUCUCAAGAAGAUUGUUGGUUGUUGUUCAUGCAAUGUGCGUUUGGGCACCAAGAAGAAAUGAAUCAUAAUCUUGUGGCUAUCGGAAAGGUGAUUGUGAAAAAAUGUGGUGGUGUUCCUCUAGCAGCUAAAACUCUUGGAGGUAUUUUGCGCUUCAAGAGAGAAGAAAGACAGUGGGAACAUGUGAGAGAUAGUGAGAUCUGGAAUUUACCUCAAGAUGAAAGUUCUAUUCUGCCUGCCCUGAGACUUAGUUACCAUCACCUUCCACUUGAUUUGAGACAAUGCUUUGUCUAUUGUGCAGUAUUCCCAAAGGAUGCCAAAAUGAAAAAAGAAAAGCUAAUCUCUCUCUGGAUGGCACACGGUUUUCUUUUAUCAAAAGGAAACUUGGAGCUAGAGGAUGUAGGUAAUGAAGUAUGGAAUGAAUUAUACUUGAGGUCUUUCUUCCAAGAGAUUGAAGUUAAAUAUGAUCGAACUUAUUUCAAGAUGCAUGAUCUCAUUCAUGAUUUGGCAACAUCUCUAUUUUCAGCAAGCACAUCAAGCAGCAAUAUCCGAGAAAUAAAUGUAGAAGGUUACCUACAUAUGAUGUCCAUUGGUUUCACUGAAGUGGUAUCUUCUUGCUCUCCUCCUCACUUGCAAAAGUUUGUGUCGUUGAGGGUGCUUAAUCUAAGUAACUUAGAACUUAAGCAUUUACCAUCUUCCAUUGGAGAUCUAGUGCAUUUAAGAUACUUGAACCUGUCUGGCUCUACGAUGCAUAGUCUUCCAGAGCAGUUAUGCAAGCUUCAAAAUCUGCAGACUCUUAAUCUACAGUAUUGCCCGUCACUUUGUUGUUUGCCAAAAGAAACAAGUAAACUUGGUAGUCUCCGAAAUCUUUUACUUGAUGGUUGCUAUGGAUUGGAUUCUAUGCCACCAAGGAUAGGAUCUUUGACAUGCCUUAAGACUCUAAGUAGAUUUGCAGUGGGGAGGAAAAGUUGUCAACUUGGUGAAUUACGAAACCUGAAUCUGUAUGGAUCAAUUGAAAUCACGCAUCUUGAGAGAGUGAAGAAUGAUAGGGAUGCAAAAGAAGCCAAUUUAUCUGCAAAAGAAAAUCUGCAUUCUUUAAGCAUGAAAUGGGAAGAACCACAUAGAUAUGAAUCAGAAGAAGUUGAAGUGGUUGAAGCCCUCAAACCACACACCAAUGUGACUUGUUUAACAAUCAAAGGCUUCAGAGGAAUCCGUCUCCCGGAGUGGAUGAAUCACUCAGUUUUGAAAAAUGUUGUCUCUAUUGUAAUUGAUGGUUGUGAAAACUGCUCAUGCUUACCACCGUUUGGUGAUCUGCCUUGUCUAGAAAGUCUAGAGUUAUGGGAUGGGUCUGCGGAACUGGAGUAUGUUGAAGAUUCUGGAUUCCCUACAAGAAGAAGGUUUCCAUCUCUGAGAAAACUUAUUAUAGUCGAUUUUGAUAAUCUGAAAGGAUUGCUGAAAGAGGCAGGAGAAGAGCAAUUCCCCGUGCUUGAAGAGAUGAAAAUUAGCCGUUGUCCUGUUUUUGUUAUUCCGACCCUUUCUUCUGUCAACGAAUUGGUAGUUUAUGGGAACAUGUCAGAUGCAACAGGUUUGAGUUCCAUAUCAAAUCUCAGGGCUCUUACUUCACUCCACAUUAGAACUAACUUCAUAGCUACUUCGCUCCCAGAAGAGAUGUUCAUAAGCCUUGCAAAUCUCAAAUACUUGAAAAUCUCUUCCUUCUACAAUCUCAAAGAGCUGCCUACCAGCCUGGCUAGUCUCAAUGCUUUGAUGCAUCUGGAGAUUGAUUGUUGUCCCAAACUGGAGAUUCUCCCCGAGGAAGCGGUGAAAGGUUUAACUUCACUCACACAGUUAUCCAUAAAAUACUGUGAGAUGCUAAAAUGUUUACCGGAGGGAUUGCAGCAACUCACAAAUUUAUCAGUUAGGGAAUGUCCAACACUGGCCAAGCUAUGUGAGAAGGGAAUAGGACAAGACUGGUACAAAAUUGCUCACAUUCCUCAUCUGCUUAUUACUAAUUAGAUGUAAUUUUCUGAUUUUUCUUUUGGAAACAAAUCAACUAUUUGUAACAUCUAUUGUAUUAUACUUGAUUUUUAAUAAAUAUUUGAAAUUUUUCAUAUUAAA